GGUAAGGAUUUCAACAGUGUUCUGCCAGCCAUUGCACAGCCGAAAACAAACUUUGUUGCAGUCCAGCUAACAUUUCUUAAAUUCAAAAUGCGUUUUACACUGUCUGUUUUCGCUGUUCUUUUGGCUUGCGUAGCAGCCCAGAACCAGCCCCAGUACGUAGUUUUCCGCAGUCCUUACCAAGCUCCUUUCUAUGGCGAUAGCGCAGAUUUGCUUAACCCAGACGAUCCACGACUUUUCUUACCCACCACUACCACAACAGUGACCUCAACUUCAACAGCUACCUGCACCAAAUCUACUGCUACAGCUUGUCGCAGGCGCCGAGGUAUCCAGUAUGACGGAGACGAAGACGAACAGUUCCCCAUCGUGCCCUCAGCUGUUGAAGGUGUUGAGGCUACUCAGGUGUCAACCCGAGAUGCUCGCGCUGCUGAUCCCCAGUUGUUGGCCAUGGCUCCAUCACUCGCCUAUCAACCCCAAUCUGCUUUCCGUAGCGGGGCCUUCAACUACCAUCCAGUUGUUGUACCUUAUUUUGGCUCGCACGGCCAACCUGUUUCUGACGAACGUCUUUUCUUCACCCAAAUUCAAUCCGCUUUGACCGUGACUAAGACCUCCACUGUCUUCACUGUCACCACAUCCACCUCUACACCAACUUGCUCAAAGACCGGCACAAUUGCCCAAUGCCCCAAUGCUUAACUUUUUAAAAUCCAAAGCUAUCAUUGUACCACAUUAUUUACUUUUUAAAAUUCAGAAAGUACUGUACUGAAACAUGCUAUUCUGUUCAUAAUUUAAAAUACACCUUUCAGCAUCA